CAAUAAUUCAGUUUAUCCAAUAUAGUGGGUUUAAUUAUGAAAACAAAAUUUUUAUAUAAAAUGUUUAUUUAUGAAAUAAAUUUUAUAACUAACUAGUCGUAUAUUAUAUUACUUCUAUAAUAUUGAAAUUUUAGUAUAUUGUUACAUCAGUACACAUUUUUUAUUUUAUUUUAUUUUAAGUAUUAGUUUUAUAUUAUUAAAUUAAUUUAUUUUCAAUAAUUGAUAUUUAAGAUAAUAUAUGAUAAUGAUGACUGAAUGAUAAGACACUAUCCUUUUUUCUCCAUAUAUAUUCUCUGGCCCAACAAUCCAAGUCAGAGCCUCUCCUCGCGCGGAGACGUACCUUGUUCUUUUUUCUGUCUGUGUUUUCUUCGCAUCAGAAAAUUACUGCAAUUCAGUUUGUGUUCUUCUUCAGCAUUGCUGCCUUUUAUAACAAUAUCAUUGCUUCCAUCCAGUAUAGGUAAGUAUAUCAUUAUACAAUUAUAUUUAUUUCCUAUCAUAAUAAUAAGUAAUAAAUGAAAUACCUAAGCAUCUUUUUUCAUUUAUUACACUAAUGUGAAAAUAAAAUAUUAGUAAUACACAUAACUGUGGUUUAUGGAAGUUACCUAGUCAACAAACAAAUCAAAAACAUAAGAACUCUGUUCGAGUUCAAGUGAAUAUUUUCAAAAUGAAACAUUAUCAUGUCCAGUUCACACAAAAUGAACACGUUCUUCCCCAUUAUUGUUAAAUACUGUAUAUAAAUAGUUCCUGUUAAAUGAAUUAGGUAUCCAUUAAAAUGUAUACAAUGUAUAGUUAUUUAGUUUUAUUAUUGUCAACAAACUAAAAUAAUAUAUAUUCCUAUUUGUGUGUGAAAACCAAAACCAAGUGCCAUCAAGUAAAAAUGGUCGAAACCGACUUAAGAGUAUAUCUUGGGUUUAACAAGCUUAAUAUUUUUGGAUGCAACAACUUAUGCAUACAUAUGUGUCGGCAGCAAAAUAAUUAAAAUAGGUAAACAUGUUCAACAGAUUUCAAAUUCUAGCUUUUUACCUACCAUCAUAAAUUACCAAUUAUAGCCUGUAGGUCUAUUUAAUAUUUAUUUAUAUUUACUGUUAAUUAAGUAGUUAAAUAAGUGAUUAUAAUAAAUAUUGUACUGGUGAUUAAUAAAUGAUAUUAUUAAAUUAUAAUAUUAAUAAAUAACUCACUUUUUUUUUCUAUAAAUUUCUACAAUGAAGAUAAACCAAGUCACAACUAAUAAGAAAAAAAAAAAAAAAACCUAGAUUAAUUAAUUUAUGAAAAUGUGUACAUGGUUACAACUGAAUACAAUAUGCCGAAUAUCGAAUGAGUAAGCGACAUUAAAUUUUAUACACACAUAAUUCCAUGUUAUGAAUGUAUUAUACAAUGUCUAUAAUCCUACUGAAUAUAAAAAUUCAUAUUUUCAUUGGUUAUUACAUAAUCAGAUACCAUGAUAAAGAAGCGUAAUCAAAGUCAAAGCCUUAAGAGUAUAGGUAAUGUAAGAUCAAAACAUUCGAAUCAAAACUGAAGUUUGAACUGGUCAAUGGACAAUGAGUGGAGGCUGCAGGCUCGGCUGACUGACUGACUGACUAAUCAACGGACGAGAUUUUUUUAAGGUUUCCGAAAGGUGUACACACGAAAAUCGUACGGUUACAAAUGUGUACAAAUGACGAAGGUGACCAUCGUUAACAGGUCUUGGGUCGAAUGCUCAAAUUUAAAUACAGGAUGCAACGUUUAUGGUGCGCAUGCGCAUUGCGCUAUCGGCGCGUAAUCACGGAUGUACUAUCCAUGUAUGUUAUCUAAUAUCUAUAUCCUUGGCGUAAUGUAAAUAUUAGAUAACACGUUGAUUAUCACUUAUAAAGUAUUUUAAGCGGCAAACUAACAUUUUUAAUAAAUAUGGUAUCGUAUUCAAAACGUGCAAACUCCUUACCCAAAAAUGUUUUAAGCUAUAUUUAUGAUGCUAUUUCUUCUCAACCAAUAAUAAAAGAUUCAAGGUAACAAAUACUAAAACACGACCAACGUGAGACGAAGUUAGAGAUCUAAAUGAUACAAUAUAUACAAUUGCAUACAACAUGUGUGUUUUUAAAAGAACAUAAUACUUUUAAAUAACAUUUAUUUCUUGUACGUUGUUUUUAAGUGAUAAUUUUAAAAAUGUUGGCCUACCAUUGAUUAAAUUUAUCAACUUAAAUUUGAUUAUUAUUUUAGAGACGUAUUUUAUGAUGCAAUUUGUACUAUUAUUAUCAUUGUUUAAAAAAAAAAAUUGCCCAUCAGGCACCUAAAUGUGCCGAGUUAAAUUUUGCAAUAUUCUAAAUAAAUGUUAAUAAAAGAUUUAAAAGAUUAAUAACCUGUUGUAAACUAGCAAAUUUUAAUUAUUCAAAUUAUUAUUGCAUUAUAAUUUGUAUUUUGUAGGUUCCGUUUUUAAGUUAGCUCUAAUCAGUUACUAGUUGGAAGGUAAACAGAAAAAAAAACAAUCUGUAUACUUUGCACUUUUAUUUUGUUUUUCCCCGACCGAAGUCGAAUAAAGUUUUUAGUAAACAUAAAAACGAAAACAAAAAAAAAAAAACACACACAUUAUACAAUCCAUAGAAAAAAAUAGUUUUAUAAAGGCACCAAUAAACAAUAAUAAUAAUAAUACUUCCAUUACUGUUAUAAAAGUAUAAAAUGCUAUCGCUAUUAUUAUAAUUAAUAACAUAAUCAAUAACAUUUAAACGACGGUCGUUUCGAGGCCGACGGCCGCCGCCGACGCGAAUAGAAAUCGUCCGAAGAGCAGGGUGACCCGCGGUAAUUCUCAACGGUUAUUUCGUAGGUGUGUGUGCGUGCCAAGGAUUUUCCGGUUGNUUCCGUUUUUAAGUUAGCUCUAAUCAGUUACUAGUUGGAAGGUAAACAGAAAAAAAAAACAAUCUGUAUACUUUGCACUAUUAUUUUGUUUUUCCCCGACCAACCAUUAAUUUUCCCACCAGAAGAGUUACCGAAGUUAUAAAUAAGUCGAAUAAAGUUUUUAGUAAACAUAAAAACGAAAACAAAAAAAAAAAAACACACACAUUAUACAAUCAAUAUAAAAAAAUAGUUUUAUAAAGGCACCAAUAAACAAUAAUAAUAAUAAUACAUCCAUUACUGUUAUAAAAGUAUAAAAUGCUAUCGCUAUUAUUAUAAUUAAUAACAUAAUCAAUAACAAUUAAUCGACGGUCGGUUCGAGGCCGACGACACCGAUGGCCCGGCCGCCGCCGACGCGAAUAGAAAUCGUCCGAAGAGCAGGGUGACCCGCGGUAAUUCUCAACGGUUAUUUCGUAGGUGUGUGCGCGUGCCAAGGAUUUUCCGGUUGACGUAUUCGACCUGGCAAGUGGCUACUCUGCUUCGGCGGUGGCCGGCGUCGAAAUUGGUCUGUCGCAGAACACCGGAAUAGUCGGGGGAAAAGCGUUCGAUUGUUGUCACGGAGAACCGCCGAGUUAUUAUUAAUUGCAACGGUCGACCCACGUGAGUAAUAUUUUUUCCGUCAAUAUUGUGGUUUCGUGCGCCGCACGUAAAUUCGGUUUGUUUUUUCGUGUUAGUUUUCCAACAUGUCGAACGAAGAAAAACUCGAUGACUUAUCGGACCUGGAUAGCGUAUUACGGAAAGUGUCGCAGGAGAUAUUGUCCAAACAGGCCGACGGAUAUUGUUUCUCAGUCGAUAAUGCCAAAACAGCGAAUGAAAAUGUAUGUUAUUCGCCGUACAAUGUUAACGAGGUGGCCGACUAUGUUAACUUCGAUAUGCUGGGAGAUGAAAGUGAAGACACAAAGCCGUUCAACCACCUCAUUGUUGACAACAAUUAUGAAGACAUUACAAAUGACGGAGGUGUUCUUAAAUUAGUGCGGGAUCCUGGUUAGUAACUACUUGCAUGAUUAGUUUUUAUCACAAUUCGUUGAAAUUCCUUCGAUUUCGGUUAAUCUAACAUUACUUAUAAUUCAUGUUGAAUUGACCAAUAUUUUUAAAUAUAAAAACCGAUUAAAACGUUUACCCGGGGGGUAUUAUGCGGGUGUUGUCACGUUUGGAUUUAAUAAUAUUCUGUAAAUGCUGAAGGGUGGAUUGAAAAAUUAAAUUGUUAUUAACUUAUUAAUUAAGGUGGGCCUUUAAUCUUACAAUAUAAAUAAUAUACUGUAAUAUUCUACUUGUUUCAAACAAGCACCUACACAAACAGAGGUCCGGUUCGGAAAAAAACAAAUGCCAUGUGCGUUCAUUUUUUCAGAGCCUCAAUUGACCUUUUAUUUUAUUUUCAUUUUCUAAUACUAAGCGUAGAUUAAUCUUAACAGUACACAUUUUUUUUAGUUCUUUAAUUUUAAUUUGUGUUUUCCUAAAUAAUCAUGUGAAAUUAAUAUCUAGCUAUGAUAACAACUAGAUGUGGAGCCUCUUAAAGAGUGGGGCUCUGUGCGUGUGCACAUUUUGCACCUCCUUCAAGCCAUCCCUAUACACAAAUCAGACCUUUAAAAUAUAAUUUAUAUAUAAUUUAUUAAUAUAUAAUAUUAUUAAGUUGUGUAUAGUUAGAAUUAUAAUAAUAAAUAACUGUAAAUGUAAAUAAAAAACUUCGAGUCAAAACAAAAAAUUAUUUUUAACAAAAUGGAUGAUAAAAUAUACCCUAAAACAUGAUUAACAAAAUAAAUAUGCUACUGGGUGUAUUUAAUAUUUAUACCUAUAUCACUAUUUAUUAUUUCUUUAGAUUAAAAACAUUUCUGAGUUAAAUCAAAUUUUAAAAAAAAGAUCUUAAAUGGUAUACUACCAAUAAUAGUAAUAAUAAUACUAUAUAUGGUUAAAAGGUAUUUUCUAUAUUACUAUGGAUUAAUUUAAAUUGCUUAUUAUUAUUUUUUUCUUAGGUUAAUAAUUCUGUUGUCAUGAAAAAAUCUCUAUAACUCUAACUUCAGUUAGUUUGGAGAUGUUAGUAUCAAAUUAAAGCGCAUGGUAUACAUUUAGUUUACGACCUGAGCUCAUAUUUAUUUUUUUUUUUUUUCAAAAUUUGUUUUUGAAUGUAUAUUACGAAUUGGAAAAGAAAAAAAAUAGAACAAACUUCGUUUGGAAGUUAUGGAGGAAACCUUCAUGAAGUUUGGGUUUUUUGUUUCGUGUAUUUCUCAGUUAGAAUUAAACAUUUUCAAAUUUUUUUCCACCAAAAUAUGUGUUGAUGAUUAAUCCAUUGGUGAAAUCAAAACUUACCUAUUAUACUUUUUUUUUAUAAUUAUUGUACAUAAACUUAACCACCUAUAAUGCUUUUUCACUUUACCCUGUUACCAAUCCGACGUGGUUUUUUACAACAAAUUAAGGGUUAUUUUCGAUUAAAAUUGCCCGAGUGAGCGUAGUGAAACACUACGUGUUGUAACUCUAAUUCUAAACCAGAUAGAGUAAUUCUGAUUUCAAUAAAAAAAAACUUAUCAAAAUAUCAAUAACUACAAAUAAUAAUAAAAAAAAAUUUCUGUUUUUACCACAUUAUGGAUUAAUUCCAAAAAUGCUAUUUUUCAAGGUUUAUGUACAAUAACUAUAAAAGUAAGUAUGAAAGGUAAGUUUUGAUUUAUACCAAUGGAUUAAGCAUUAAAAAACACACAUUUUGGAAAAAAUAAACUUAAAAAAUGGUUUAAUUAUAACUAAGAAAUAUGAGAAAUAGAAAACACAAACUUAAUGAAGUUUUACCCCAUAACUUCCAAACAACGUUUGACUUUUUUUUUAGUUUACUGAUGUACAUAAAAAAGUCAAAUUUUGUUAAAAUUUGAAAACCCAGCUUGGGUCAUUCCCAGUUUAUUUUAGCAGCAAUUUUAUACAACAUCCGUUAUUUAAAAAAUAGUAAAUCUGUAUUAAAAACUAAAAUCAUGUUUUUCUGAAAAUGACUUUUUGGAGUUAUUGUUGGUUUUUUAUUGACUUAAGAAUUAUUAUGUCUAAAUUAAAUAACAGUCUGCUUUUAUUUUACAAUUUUUACAGUGCGUUAAUUAAUAUUUUAUUCUUAUUUCAGGGGUUGGUGAAGUUGUACCUGAAAACAGUAUUGUUUUAUUACAUUAUACUGGAUACAUAUCAAACCUUCAUGAACCUUUUGAUGUAACUUAUCUCCAAGGUAAACGUCCUAAGCACUUUCAAUUGGGAUUUGGUGAUCUAUUAUCAGGUUUAGAGAUUGGUGUACUAACUAUGAAACAUGGUGAAAACGCAAGAUUUAUUAUAAGCCCAAAGUAUGGUUUUGGAAAAAUGGGAUGUCCACCUCGUAUACCACCAAAUUCUACUGUUUUAUUUGAUGUUCAUCUUGUUAGUUAUUUCCCUCCAGGGGUCAGGAUUCCUCGACAUUUUAAGGAAGCUUUUAAUUUAGAUAAAUGUCUUGAAGCAGUUAGAGAACUACACUUUGAGGGCAACCAAUGCUAUAAGAGAAAUAAGAUUGAAAAUGCUAUUUUUAAGUAUGAAAAAGCAAAAGAAUUGUUGCAUUUAAUUGGAAACAGCAAAGAGGAGGAAGAAAUAGAAAUAUUUAAAUAUUUUGAUAAAUUGUAUUCAAAUUUAAGUAUCUGUUAUUUAAAGCUAUAUGCUUUUAAGAAAGUAUGUCGUAUGGGCGUAGAAGGGAUGAUGUAUUCAGAGAGAUUUUCUAAAAACAAUGUAAAAUUAUGGUUUAAUUGGGGUAAAGCUCUGCGAUUUUUGAAAGAUUUUACAGAAGGAAAAAGGAAGCUCCUAAAGGCAUUACAACUUGAACCUUACAAUUUGACAACACAAUAUGAAUUAGAACGCUUGGAAAGAGAUAGAGAAUUACAUCUGCGUGUUGAUUCAUUUGUUAAAUUCAAGAAUGCCACAGAUGAAGAUAAUAAACGUUUACCACCAGAAUUUUGGUCAGUAUUCGAUAUAAUGAUAACUGAGUUUGUUGAUAGUUCUGAUGAUUUAAUAACUGUUAAAUUAAAUGAUAACUCUGAUGACAUAGAGUUAGCAGAGCAUAAGGCAAAUUUACGUAAUUUAAAAGUUCAACGCCUUCAAAAUGAUACUGUUAAUAUUAAUUAUUUUGUAAUAAAAAAGGAAUUGUAA